GAGACAGCGGCCUCACCUUCGCAAGGGUGCAUGGGCAGCUGAACUCUGAACAGCUUGAUCCCUCCCUUCUCCCUUAGUCGCUAUUUCUGAGCCCAGGGGACGCCUUGCCUCCUCUCCCCUGCAAGCUAAAAGGAGGCGCUCCAACCUCCCCCAAGCACGGCUCUGCCUCUCUAUCACAACCCCGGACCGCCGACACGUUUUGAAGCCGCGCUGCUGCGCCUGUACUGCGAGUCCACAAUCGAUCCACGCUGCUUUCCUCCCUUAGUUUCUUUUCCUGCGUGCGGGUGACGAUGGCAGGGAAACCCAGGCGGUUUUGGCACGAGGCGUCCCACCAGAUUCUGGCCGGUGGCUCGGCGGGUCUUGUAGAAAUUUGCCUGAUGCACCCCCUCGAUGUGGUGAAAACCAGGUUUCAAAUUCAGAGAGGAAAAACUGAUCCGUUCAGUUACAAGAGCCUGGGAGACAGUUUUAGGACCAUAUUCCGUGCAGAAGGAUUAUUUGGUUUCUACAAAGGGAUACUCCCUCCAAUCUUGGCUGAAACACCCAAAAGGGCAGUAAAGUUUUUCACCUUUGAACAAUAUAAGAAAUUACUAGGAAAUGUUUCGCUGUCACCAGCACUGACAUUUGCAGUUGCUGGCUUGGGAUCUGGAUUAACAGAAGCAGUUGUGGUUAACCCUUUUGAAGUAGUCAAGGUUAGCCUGCAGGCAAAUCGGGAUGCUUUCACAGAGCAGCCAUCCACCUUUGCCAAAGCUCGGCAGAUUAUUCAGGCCAACGGGUUGGGACUCCAUGGGAUCAACAAAGGAUUAUCUGCUACCUUGGGACGCCACGGAGUUUUUAAUAUGGUUUAUUUUGGAUUCUACUUCAAUGUGAAAAACAUCAUUCCUGUCAAUAAGGAUCCAACCAUGGAGUUUCUGAGGAAAUUUGGAAUCGGGCUAGUCUCAGGAACAAUAGCCUCGAUUGUUAACAUCCCUUUUGAUGUUGCAAAAAGUAGGAUUCAAGGACCACAGCCAGUUCCCGGAAAGAUCAAGUACAAGACCUGUUUUAAAACUAUGGCAACAGUCUAUAAAGAAGAAGGAUUUCUAGCUUUGUACAAAGGAUUGGUUCCUAAAAUCAUGAGGCUAGGACCAGGUGGUGCAGUGAUGCUUCUGGUUUAUGAAUACGCUUCUCAGUGGCUUCAAGAAAACUGGUGAUCAAAAAUAUAACUUCUAAGUCAAGAGACUGUUUAAAGCAAUGCCUGUUAAAAUAUGUUUCAGUAUCUCACAUAAAUAAUAUGACUAUGGAUCCAGUGCUCCAAGAUGGUUUCGUGGUCAGCCAUCACAGCACUUUGCAGGAAUAAAUCCUGAGAUUAUAUUUCAGCAACACAAUACAUGAGCUAUUCCAACAAAGAAAACAAAAAGCUACAGAAAUAACAUUAUUUUAAAAAUAUUUGCAAAAUAAAAAGGAAGCCUUGGGCUUUUGGGGGAGGAAAUUAAGGAGGAUAUAAAUGUAAACAUUAGGCUGUCAAGCAAAUUAAGAAUGUUUAAUUGAAUAACUGUAUGUCUUUGAUGACUGAUUGUUAGAUAAAUCUGUACAUUACCAAAACCUUAAUUUAGGCUACAGUCCUAAACUCACUUAUCAGGGGGAAAGUACCAUUGCACUCAGUGGGUCUUUCUCUUGAGCUGACAUGUAUAGGAUUCUCCUACUAGAUGCUAUGUUGAUGUACUGAAGGAACUGUAGCAUAACGUUUAACAAGCAAAAACUAUCACUAAUUGUUGAUAGAAAGGCCAUGUUUAAUAAUUUUAUUAACCUCCAUGUUUUUCCCUUCAUGUGUAUUUUUUUCCUCAUAGGCAGAACCAAAACAGUUUUUGAAACACAUUCUCUGAACUUGAAAUCCCACUAUUUAAAAAAUUGCCCCCAAUUAAUUAACUGAUAAUCCUACAUUUGAUCUGCCAACCAAGAAUGCAAUCUAAUCCCCUGCUGGCAAGGCUUUGCAGAAUGACGCAGCCACUGCAUGUGAACUGCAUGUUCACAGCAUGGCUAGUCUUAGCAGCCACGGUAGAAGGGGGGUACAAGAUGAUUGGGCUUGAUCCUUGCACCAGCUCCAGGCUGGCACAGCAGUCAGGUCCAGACUGAACCCGAUGCCAUCGCAUGAUGGCAGUGAGGCUGGCUCAGAAUCCAGUCAUUCUCAGGUGAGCUGAGCCCUGCAUCUUCCCUGUCCUCAGAAUGCCCCAUUUUGGGUCUUUCCUCUGGCCCCUGCCAGCAGGAAUACUGCCAGCCGGCCUCCUACCUAAAUGUUCAGUUCCUCUCCCCGCAAGUUAUAUAUUUGGGGAUGGAGAUGAACUCUGCAGAUCUAGUCCUGCUUGCAGAUUUGUGGUUCUGGAUAAAGCUACAUGUUAUAUGGGAGAACUCUCUUAAUUUCCCAAUAUUUUAAAAAUUAUUUUAAAGCAGGGGGAGGGCUCUGGUUUUGAUUAGUGUGGCAGUACUGGGGAAAGAGGGUAUUAUGGGCUGUCCCCAUAUAUUCAUUUUAACUGUUUUCCUUGCAUCAUUGCCCUAGUCUGAAUCCCACACACACACUUUUGGCCAUUACCAAUUCAUACGGAUGGAUCCAGAGUCCCUGUGAAGAGAACCUUGCUCAUGAGGUGCUGGCACUGGAGCAAGGGGAAGAUGUGAUUUUUGGCUAUUUCUUCUUCCUCCGGAAGCCUCCUGUACUCCCUGAAAAGCUGGUCCAGUGUGUUGGAGAACCUUCUGGAACAGUAUGCGAUGUGGUGCAGGGAGCUGCAGGGGGGAAGGGGAAGCGGUGAAAAUAGCCUUCUCCCCCCCCAACUUCCUUCAGCAGGAGGUUCCACUGGAUCUCCACUCCUUCCUCAAACGGAAGCAACCUUUCCAUUUGAGAAAAGAUAUUCUGGAUCCACCCCAUAGAGCUUUGAAGACUGUAUCAGAAUCUUCUCUCCUGAAGCACGUAGCCUGUUUCUAUAUUGAAAUACAUCAAGAAAAAAGUAUAAUAGUAUGAUAACCAGCAUGAGGCUUAGAUGACCAUAAGCAUUUCUGACCUGUUUGGCUGUGUGAAUAUCAACUACAGUCACAACAUACUAAGGGUUGUAUCCAAUGCUAGUCCUAUGGAGAGUAGACCCAUUGAAUACAACACACAUGACUACUUUAGGUCCAUUAAUUUCAGUGAGUCUACUCCAAGUAUAACUUAGCUGGGUACAACCCAAAGGGUCAAACUUUGUUGUUUUAAAGACAUGUAUGAAUCCUGUCCGUGGAAUUUCCUUAUAAAAAACAGGUCCCAAUCUGGGCCCAGACUCUAUAUAUUGUCCUGAGGGAAAUAUCCCUACCACCACAGAUCUACUAUUUGCCCCUGAAGCGGUUAUUUUUCUUAUUUUAUGUUAUUGUACAUCAUACCCAGAGAGGGGAGGCAGUUUUCAGCAGGAAAACAGUACAAGCAGAGAAGGGUAACCUUACCCAUGCUCCCCCAUUUUGGACUGGGGCCUUCUACAGGUGCUUUUUAUAAAGAAAAAAAUAUACAGAACCCCAAACAAGCAAGGGUUCCAAACACACUUUCAAUGUAACUGGUCACUUGACCUUAAAUGAACAAAUUAUCUCAAUUAACAUUAUGUUUAUAUCAUUUUUUUGUUAGUUCCAUGUUUUCUUUCCGAGUACUGCUUCACAUAUGGUAUUUC